GUAGGAAGAUGGACCAAGAUGGUCGCGAUCAGACGCAAUUAGAUGAAGGAAAGCUCGCGAAGGCGGCGAGUGACGACGUAGAAAGUCAGCUGCGGAGUGGCAGAGUCCCGAAUGCCCGUCCACCGUGAUCAUCGUCGUCGUCGUCGUCAUCGCGCGAGACCUGGCGAGAAUGUCAUCUCGCGAUCCCGACAAUCUGAUGAUGAGCACGAGCGACGAUGACGAGAGGUUCGACUACCUGUUCAAAAUCGUCUUAAUUGGCGAUUGUGGUACGGGCAAGACGUGUGUGGUCCAGCGCUUCAGAUCCGGCACGUUCGUCGAACGCCAUGGCAACACCAUCGGUGUCGACUUCACCAUGAAGACCGUGCUCAUAGACGGCAAGAGAAUCAAGCUACAAAUUUGGGAUACUGCGGGACAAGAAAGAUUCCGAACGAUUACUCAAAGUUAUUAUAGAUGCGCAAAUGGAGUAAUUGUAGUUUACGAUAUUACAAAACGAUCAACAUUUUUAAGUUUGCAACGUUGGGUGGAAGAAGUCCGGAGAUAUUCGUCAUCGCAUGUACUAUUAGUGUUAGUUGGUAAUAAGUGCGAUUUAGAAGAUCUGCGGGAAGUUCAGAAGGCAGAGGCUGAAGCUUUAUGUGAAUAUCUGCCUGAAGUUUUGCAUGUAGUGGAGACCUCAGCCAAAGAUAAUACAAAUAUAGAUUCCAUAUUUUUCUAUCUGGCAUCUGAACUUAAGAGACGACACGAUAAUCGUCAGAUUAGCAUGAGCGAGAACGAUGUAGUGAAACUCGGUGCCGGACGAGAUCUGUCUUCUUGUUCAGGCUGUUCAGGCUAUAAAAUCUUUUGAACCGUUUAGAUUUUUUUUCCAUUGACGCGCACUGUUUCUGGAUGACAGAUAUUCAUAAAAUAACAUACGUCCUAGAAAAAAUAAAAGGCAGUCAACAGAUAAAUAUAUUAUCUGUCAAUAAAUUCUGUUAGAAUAUAAAUUUUACUUUACUAUUUUUUAAAUUGAAACUAAAAAAAUAGGAAUCAGAGUAUAAAAAAAGAUUGUUUACGUAUAGAAAAUAUUGUGCAGCUUUAUAAAAAUUUUACUGCCUUUUAUUUUAUUUAUAGCUGUAUACAAUGAAAUUUAGUUCCAGAAACUAGAACAAUCAAUGUCAUUCUAUCGAUAUGGAAGAAAAAACUCAUAUACAAUAUAUGCCAAAUUCAAAAUAUUCUACGUUUAUUUACAUGGAAUAGAAUGGACAUUGGCUCUUCUAGUCCCGCAGGAUACGAAUCUCACGAUAAAGAUAUAAUUCUUAAAAUAAAGGGUGGCUCAUUUUUGCUCUAGAAACUUAUUGUUCCGACAAGAGCACAUUUGUAUAUUUUUAUAUUUAAUUUAACAAAUACACGUACAAAUUUAUAUACACGCACAUACAUACUGAUAUUUCACAAAUACUGUGGCGACCUGAAAAGAUAUCCUUGAUAUCCUUGUGCCUUAAAAAUUCGUAGUAAACGUCAUUCGUGAUAAUGAUCGCAUAGACAUACGCGAAGUACAAUCGAAGAUUAUGGGAGUUAAAUUAUGAAUGGUGAUUCAAUUCUUUUCUUUAUUUAUUUUAUUUAUUUAUACACGUGAAUGUGUGUUAUGGCGAAUGCGAAAAUUUAACUUCUCGGUCGCUGAGCACCCGUUUGAAUUACGAGGCUGUAAAUAUUAAUCCUUAGUCGCAUUCUUGCGUUUCAUGCCGAGAGAUAAUGGUCUCAUUCUUAGCCUUUGAUCAAUUUAAAUGAUACACUUGGCGCUAAAGGCACAUUGAGAAUGCAGAUAUAGAAUACAUUUCGUGACUAAACGGACGCGAUUAUGUUAUAAAUGAACGAACAAAUAUAACGAAUCUCUAAUAUUUGUAUACAAACUGCUGUAUAAUAUAUUUUUCAAAAUAUUUAUAUAUAUUGCACAUAAGAGAAUGUGCAUAUUAUAAUACUCGUUGCGAAUCAGAAUUAUUAUUUUAUGUAAUAAUUAUAAAAGUAACUUCGAUGUACGGUAACCCAGGAGGAUGUAAAUCUCCAUUACCUUGCACGCGCAAAUGUUGCCAAAAAUGUAUGAAAAGUGUUCUCACAAUUUAAGAUCUUUAUUAAUUUGUAUAAAUGUAUACGUAUAUCUCUUUUUCUCAUUGUGUAAGUUCUACAACAUAAAUAUAUUUCUCUAACAUACAUCAAUCAUUUUUCCAUUGCACUGUUAAUUAGAUAAAAUAAUCAUUUGAAUUAUGUGCGAAAAAAGAAUAUUAUGUAAAAUAUAAAUUUAUAUUACAUCCUAAUAUUAUGAUUUUGCGCUGAAAUAAUAUAUGAAGUAAUGAUGUAAAGAGAACAGUCAUAUGAAAUAUAAUUAAAACUCUACUGUAUUAUAUAUAAAUGAUAUAACUGGAAAAUAUAUUUUUUACUAAAAAAUAUAUAUGGUAUGCAGUAUAAUAGAUUUGUUGCAUGAUUUUUGUAACGGACUUUUAUUAUAUUACGCUUGAUACAUUUAAAACAUUGUGUAUAUUAUACUGAGUGCAUUCAGGGAACACGCAUUUUAGCAUUAUAAACAUGCUCUUGUUUAAUUUUCAAUAAAUAACAAAGCACGAUGUUUUUAGCGCAUAGUGUGCUUCCCGAAUGUAGCCACUGUUGAAGUUCUAUAAUUCGUAAUAAAGCUUUUUUUAUACUUA